AUGCACCUUAGAAUCCAUCAUCCGGCAACAUUUGCGGCCCUUGGCAACACCACAAGUGCUUCAUCUGAAGAUCGACCUACAACCUCAGGCCAGGGACGACAGCUGAGGAUCGCAGACUCGUUUGCUAAAGGGACUAAGUACCAACGCGACAGCCAUCAGUGGCGAAUCCUGACGGAUAGCGUGACUCGCCUUCUGGUGGAGGAAAACUUGCCAUUUAACUUAGUCGAAAAGCCAGCAUUUAAGGCGAUGCUACAAGCCUUCGACAAACAGUAUGUCCCCCCUGACAGAAAAUACUUUUCAAAAAAGGCAGUACCAGAAAAGUAUUUGAAAAUGAAGGACAGUUUGACUCGCGAGUUAAAAGACGCUGACCAUUUUUCUCUAACAACUGAUAUGUGGUCGAGCGUUAAUAUGAUGCCCUAUAUGAGCGUGACAAUUCACUACCUAAACACCAACUGGGAGCUAAAGUCAAGGUGUUUGGAAACCUCCUUCAUGCCAGAAAGUCACACAAGUGAUAACCUGUCCGAGGCUCUGCGAUCCACUCUUGAAGAGUGGUCUCUGGAUGAGACGAAGUUGGCUUGUGUCACUAGUGAUAACGGAGCCAACAUUGUGGCUGCGGUGAGGAAACUUGGAUGGGGAUGGCUACCAUGCUUCGGCCACAACCUCCAUUUAGCCGUCACAAAUUCCAUGAAAGCAGAAAAAGAACGUACCGCCCGGGCCAUGGGUUUGUGUCGAACGCUGGUGACCGCUUUCUCCCAUAGCUGGCAAAAAAACCAACAUCUUCAGAAAGAACAAAUUGAGCUGGACCUGCCUCAGCACUCCUUAGUACUGGAUUGCCCUACCAGGUGGGGAACGAAGCAAAAAAUGAUAGCCCGCAUUCUUGAACAAGGCCCUGCCAUUCGGAGGGUUUUGGAUGACCGGCGCACUCAACACCUACUUCCGACGUGGCAGGACAUAGAAGUUAUGGAAUCGGUGAAUGCAGCCCUGAAAAGUGUUGCCGAUUUCACAGAUGCACUGUCUUCAGAGCGAGCAGUAACUGCAUCCUCUUUGAAACCAGUGCUGCAGCUAGUCACCGAGGAGCUGCUGCUCCCAGCUGAGAAGGACACCCAAUUGACGCGCAACUUGAAAGAAAAAAUGUCUGCCGUUUUAUUGGAAAAAUACAGCGCACCCUCAACUCAACAGCUAUUGGCAAAGACCGCGUUUGUCGACCCUAGGUAUAAGGACAUUGACAUUGCUGACGAGGUGAAGGAUGAGCUCAUGGAAGAGAUGAUGAAUGUGCCCGAAGAGCAGCGUGAUGACGGUGAUGGGGAGAGAGCAAGUGCACCAAACCCUCCCAAAAAACCGAAUCUGGCGGACUUACUUGGGAAAAGAAAAGAAAAAACAUCUACUCCAACCCCCAAGAGAAUUCGUGUAGACACAGAGAUUAGAAGGUAUUUGCAGGAGGAAGCCCUGGAUUCCCACGCAGACCCUCUUGUCUGGUGGCGGGACAAUCAUGUCCGAUUCCCUCUGCUUUCAAAAGUAGCCCGAAGAUAUAUGACCAUUUGCGCUACAAGCAUUCCCUCAGAACGUGUGUUCAGUGCUGCAGAAUCUAGCAACACCCUCACCAAGAAGAUUUCAAAAGUGCGCCUUCAAGAAGCAAAGAUCAUUGUGAUGAGGGAGAUGAGACACCACUGCACCGCACCUAUCUCAGAAGCCUGGCUAGGAACAUCAGGAAAAUGA